UUCCUUCUGAGACCUUCCCAUGAAACGUCCAGAGACAGAAGCUCCAGCAACAACUCGACAUAUCACCACAGUCUAAACGGUGAUCCUGCAACUAGACGUCCAACCUGAGAGUCAACUGAAGUGAUCACCCGGUACUGGAAACUCUGCUGAGACAGCGAGCUAAACCUGGAUCGUGGCCUACCGUAUGAUCCAGACCGAACCUGAUUCGCUUGCCAAGAAGACAUCAGACUCCAGUCCUGCCCGUCAGGUAGACAGCUUCACCUGGAGACUCAAUGGCUUCCAGAUCAGAAGAGGAUCUCUGCUGUCCCGUCUGCCGUGAUGUCUUCAGAGAUCCUGUCAUUCUGUCAUGUAGCCACAGCUUCUGUAGAGACUGUGUGGAGAACUGGUGGAAAGACAAAGAAGAAAAAUUGUGUCCACUUUGUAAGAGUAGAUCUUCAAAGCGUAAACCACCUUGUAACCUGGUGUUGAAGAACCUGUGUGAGGCCUUCAUACUGGAGAGAGAUCAGAGCUCUUCACCUGCUCUCUGCAGUCUGCACUCAGAGAAACUCCAACUCUUCUGUCUGGACCAUCAGCAGCCAGUGUGUGUCAUCUGCAGAGAUUCAGAAAAACACACCGGCCACAGAUUCAGACCCAUCGAUGAAGCUGCACAACAACACGAGAAGCAGCUUCAGGAAAAUCUGGAGCCCUUGAAGAAGAAGUUACAGAGUUUUGAAUGUGUUAAAUUAGAGUUUGAACAAACAGCAGAACACAUUAAGGUCCAGGCCGGACUCACAGAGACACAGAUCAAGGAGCAGUUUGACAAGUUUCAUCAGUUUCUGGAGGAGGAAGAGGAGGCCAGGAUGGCUGCACUGAGGGAGGAAGAGGAGCAAAAGAGUUGGAUGAUGAAGAAGAAGAUUAAGGCUCUGAGCAGAGACAUAACGUCUCUUUCAGACACAAUCAGGACCACAGAGGACGAGCUGAGAGCUGAAGACAUCCCGUUCCUGCUCAACUACAAGGCUGCAGUGGAACGAGUCCAGCAGCGCCCCCUGCUGGAUGAUCCACAGCUGGCCUCAGGAGCUCUGAUAGACGAGGCCAAACAUCUGGGCAACCUGAGCUUCAACAUCUGGAACAAGAUGAAGGACUUGGUCUCCUACAGUCCUGUGGUUCUGGACCCAAACUCUGCUAAUCCAUGGCUCGCCCUGUCUGAAGAUCUGACCAGUGUGAGACGAGAAGAGAGACAGACGUUUCCUGACAAUCCAGAGAGGUUUGAUAAACACGCCUCAGUCCUGGGAUCUGAGGGUUUUAACUCAGGGACUCACAGCUGGGACGUCCUGGUUGGAGACAGUACAAGCUGGACACUUGGUGUAAGAGCAGAGUCUGUCCAGAGGAAGGGAUACAAACUGUCUGGAUCAUGGAGAAUAUCGCUCUCUGAAGGUAAAUACAAAGCAGUGUCACCAUCAGGAUCAACUGUUCUCUCUGUGCAGAAGAUCCGGAGGAUCAGAGUGAAACUGGACUGGAACAGAGGAGAACUGUCGUUCUCUGAUCCUGAUACUAACAAACACAUUCACACGUUCACACACACUUUCACUCAGAAGAUGUUUCCAUUCUUUAGCAUUAUAGAUCCCUUGAAGCUGUUACCUGUGAAUGUCUCUGUGAUGCUGGAUCAGAGCAGUUAGAGAUGAAGAAUUUAUUCAUCCUGUUUAUUUCUUGGAGAGAAAUCUGCUGAAUUUAAAUGUUAAACUCGUUAUUCUAUUAUUAUUUUAAUAAUUUUCUGAUCUUUGUCUUUGGUUUGUUUUUUACUUUCAUGGAAAAUGUUUUCUAUCAUUUAGAUUUUGUGUGGAUCCAUGAAGUCGAGCAAACUGAUGAAGAUCCACAUAAAAACACAUUUAUCAAUAACAGCUGAUCAUUUCUCACAUUCAACAAACUUUAUUCAAUCUCACACAUUUUAAUUUUUUUUUGAUUUCAGUCUUUUGGUUUCCUGUUUUAUUUUGUAGUCUGUGUUCCUUGUGUGUCGGCUCUGUCUUAACUUCCUGUCGUUGAUUUGAUAUGUUUCACCGUGGUGAGAUAUGGUUUGUCUUGUCCUGCUGUCUCGACCAGCUUUCCCGUCCGGAUCUUCUGUGUUCCCCGUGCACCUGGACGCACAGCUUCUGCUCCUGUUUUCUCAAGAGUAGGCACCAGUGUUUUUGACUCUCCAGCAGUCACCUGUUAGUAUUAUGUUUUGUUUUUGUCUUGUUUAAAGACUCUUUUUAUACUAAAUACCUUUUUGCUUAUAACCUCUGCAUCCUGGGUCCAUCUACCUCCACAAACCUUAACAGAACGAUCCGACCACAUUAUGGACAAAGCGCAGAUGAAUUUAUUUUACCGAAAAGUUUUUUAUUUUGAUACAGUGAUCCAGGCACCCGACACCAAGCUAAAACAUUUGGGGAUAUUUCAGUGGUGGAGGCAUGGCUGAAAGAAUGGCCAUGGGUGAGCCAUUUUGUCCCGUACCUCGUGGAGGUGCAGGACAGACUAGAAAAAUACUGCAACCCUCCAGCCCCAUCCUCAAACCCUUUGAGGCAACCCGCCUGGCCCGUGGUGGACCCCGCAGCCUGCAGAGGAGGUCUGCGGUUGGGGGCCCCUCACAUCUAGAGCCUUCUCACAUGCAGCAGCCUACAGCCCCUUCUGAUGACCGAUACCUGGGUGGCUGUUGGGCUUGAGGAGGUUGCCAGCCUCCAAAAAGGUUCUGGUGUGGACGGUGGAGGGGGGGCAUCCAUAGCAGAAGCCUCUCUCUCUAGCAGCAUGCUCACAGGCACCAACCACCUCCAGCCCCGACUGGGCCCCAGCCAGACCCAGUCCCUGCUCCGCGCCGGAGGCUCCCAGCUGACGUCCCCUGUGUUUUGGCGUCAGAGAUCCUCACUGCACCUGCUCCGGUCCCUACUCCUCGCGGAAGGCUCCUGUCUGCCGUCCCCUGUGUUCCGGCGUCUGAGGUCCUCGUGGUGCCAGCUCCAGUCCCUGUCCCGCGCCGGAGGGUCCCGGCAGACUCCACUCUGGUUCCGGCGUCGAAGGUCCUCGCGGUGCCAGCUCCAGUCCCUGCUCCAGUCCCUGUCCCGCGCCGGAGGGUCCUGGCAGACGCCACUCUGGUUCCGGCUUCGCAGGUCCUGCCAGCUCCAGUCACUGUCCCAUGCCGGGGGGUCCUGGCAGACGCCACUAUGGCUCUGGCGUCCGAGGUCCUCGCGGUGCCAGCUCCAGUUCCACAGACGCCACUCUAGUUCAGGCGUCGGAGAUCCUCACGGUGCCAGCUUCAGUCCCUGUCCCGCACCGGAGGGUCCUGGCAGACGCCACUCUGGUUCAGGCGUCGGAGAUCCUCGCGGUGCCAGCUUCAGUUCCUACCCCGAGUCCAGGGUUGGGGUCGGAUCUCUUGCCCUCUGCCCCUGGCCAGUCUUUGGGCCGCCCGCCUGAGGAGCUCCCCUGCUUGGCUCCUGACCGGCACCCGGGCUGUCCACCGGAGCCCUUGUUCUCUGCCCUUGAGCGGCCACGGUGCCUACCUCCCGAGCCUCAGAACUCUGCCUUUGAGCGGCCACGGCGCCGCCCUCCUGAGCCUCAGAACUCUGCCUUUGAGCGGCCACGGCGCCGCCCUCCUGAGCCUCAGAACUCUGCCUUUGAGCGGCCACGGCGCCGCCCUCCUGAGCCUCAGAACUCUGCCUUUGAGCGGCCACGGUGCCGACCUCCCCAGCCUCAGAACUCUGCCUUUGAGCGGCCACGGCGCCGCCCUCCUGAGCCUCAGAACUCUGCCUUUGAGCGGCCACGGUGCCGCCCUCCUGAGCCUCAGCGCUCUGUCCCUGAGCGGCCACAGAGCCGUCCACCCGAGCUCCAGGGCAUGUCCCGGAGUCCCUCCUCCCUCCCGUGGCAGUUCAUGUUUUAGGCUGUCCGGCCCUUGAAGGGGGGGUACUGUAAUGUUCUGUCAUUUUAGUUUGUUGAUUUCAAUCUUUGUGUUUUCUGUUUCCUGUUUUAUUUUGUAGUCUCUGUUCCUUAGGUGUCGUUUCUGUCAUAUUUUCCUGUCGUUGAUUGUCGUCCUCAAUCCUCAUGUGUUUCACCUGUGUUUAAUUGCCCCUGCCCUCCCUGUGUAUUUAAGCCUCUGUGUUUUUUAUGUCCUCUGUCGAAUCGUUUGUUCUCUUACUAGUUUCUACACGUCGUGAGAUAUGGUUUGUUAUGUCCUGCUGUCUCUACCAGCUUUCCCGUCCGGAUCUUCUGUGUUCCCCAUGCACCUGGACGCACAGCUUCUGCUCCUGUUUUCUCAAGAGUAGGUACCAGUGUUUUUGACUCUCCAGCAGUCACUUGUUAGUAUUGUGUUUUCGUUUUUGUCUUGUUUAAAGACUCUUUUUAUAUUAAAUACCUUUUUUGUUUAUAACCUCUG